AUGUUCUUUGUGGGAAGCCUAUUCCGGUCCUCCGCAACCGCAGCAAGUCAACCAAGCUUGGCCUCCAUGCAAACUAACGUCAUCCCUGAGUUUGACGUUGUGGAUGAUGAUGCCGGCGAUGACCCUGAAAGCUUCCGAAUGGAGCCUUCCGUCGAGAAUGCACGAUUUCGUACCAACUUCUAUCCAUCCUAUACGAUGGUGUAUGGGUGGCCUAGCACUGGAGGCUUCUACAUGUUGCAAUGCGAUGGCGUAGACCUCGAGUUCCUUGGCCUUGACCGCCUCAUCCCAACACCGCGGGGCGACGACCCAGCAGAUGAGGAUACGCACUGCACCAACAUGCGCAAACUCGGUGCCAAAUUUUACAAAAGCGAUUGGGACUACCAUCUAAAGACCACCAAGCACGAUGAUCCUCAGGAACGACAUCAGAAAGCCAUGGAGCUUGGCAAGGAAAACUUCUUCGCGGCUGAAGAGGUCAACAAAUCCGCCGAGAAGUUCGUCGAGGUUUUUGGAUGGCCCACAACCGGAGGGGUCUGGGCUUUGAAGGUGCCCACCGACAAAGUCCACUCGUUUGGCGUCAGAAACGCCUUCACGAUGGACGAAAAGUGUCGGGCGAUGGAGAUGAUGGGAGGUGUCUUUUAUGCCCAGCCAAACGACUGCCCAGGCUUGGACCUUGCACCGUCAUAA